CGCCUCGGAUUCUCAUAUAGUGGAUUCUCCUGAUGCAUCUGGCAACCCUACAAUGUAGUCAAAACCGGAAAUGUCUUUCAAUCGGAGUGCUUGAGUUAGCAUCGUGCCUUUGUUCCCAGUAUUUGCUUGUUAGAUAGGCUACAUUGUAGUAAAACAUGUCUGGCUCAUCAAACAUCCGUGUAAUGAAGAAAAUUGUUCAGCAGUUGCGUUUUGAAGCGAGCAUCAACAGAGUGAAGGUGUCUCAGGCAGCGGCUGACUUGCAGCAGUUCUGCAUCCAGAACGCACUCCAAGACCCUUUGUUGACCGGGGUGUCUUCAAGCACGAACCCAUUCAGACCUCAGAAAGUCUGUUCUUUCUUGUAACACAGCUCCUGGCUUAUAGGCUGGUCUAGCGGUCAUCAACAGUACGUUAGAUGACCACCGGGUACUGAAUUCAAGCCACAGUACGCUGUGAAGACAGUGAAGCAUGGUGGUGCAAAAAUCAUGGUAUACCAGGAAUGAUGGAUCAGUUAGAAUACAUCAAAAUACUUGGAAGAGAUUAUGUUGCCAUAUGCUGAAGAGGAAAUUCCCCUGUUUUAACAAGACCCUAAACACACAAGUAAGCGAGCGUCUUGGUUCCAGACAAAAAGGAUUGAGGUAAUUGAGGGGCCAGCUCAAACCUCAACCCCAUUGAAAACUUGUGGGGUGACAUUAAAAAUGCAGUUUCUGAAGCAAAACCCAAAAAUUUGCAGGAACUGUGGAAUUGAAUUUGUUCAUCCUUGGCUGAAAUACCCGUUUCUAGGUGCCAGAAGUUGGCUGACUCAAUGCAACGCAGAUGCGCAGCAGUUAUCAAAAACAAUUGUUAUUCAACUAAAUAUUAGUUUAGUUAUUUAAAGUGAAAUUAAAUCUUGAAAAUUUUAUUUCAGUUUAUACAGUAUGUGUUUUGAGUUUGAAGAGAAAUGUCGACACUGCCAUUUUUUUUGAACAGAUUAAUAUUCCUUUUCUUUGCUUCCUGUAAAAGAAUAAUGCAGACUUGAUCAAAUUUGUUAAUGCUUUGAUUUGGAAUUGAAUGUGUAAUGUUUCCACGCCAUUUGAAAUAUGGAACUAUAAAAGCUAUUAAAAUAUUUGCACUUUA